CCGACGCCAUAUUGGAUAUUGGCAUUGUGAAUCUCUUUUGUAUGUUAGUGAGUGCGUCGGGGACCAAAUUCAUUUAAUUCAUUCAACUUCCAGCUACCUGAUCAACCUGCUUCUCCAUUGGUGUAAUGCUCAGGGAAAAGUGCGUCAUAUUCUUUACGGCUGGAUAGUGAAACGUGAGUGGAAGCCAACUGUAAACAGCAAUCGGCUUCAGCCUGUACAAUCUCCAAGCCAGCGGCGGUAUUGUGUAAUUGGCUUUUAUCGCACUAUUUUUCAAGCGAAGGAAAAGUCUUUACUAUGGACCUCGAGUUAGUGAAAAUCUAUACCAUAAGAUAGGGAGCCAACAUUCCCUUUCUAACAGAAUUGAUGUUAUGUAUUGUCAUCCCCUUUUAGUUAUCUGAAGGUGUUAAGUUAUCUUUCUUGAAGAUGUGGUCCCCUCAGCAAAGUAUGGCGCAACAGCAGCGUACCUUGGGCAUGACCUCAGCCAUUACCUUGGCUGGUCCCAAGCAGAUUGAUCAUGUGCGAACCGAAGAACUUGUUGAAACCUUAGAACAAUACAAUAUGUCAGUGUCUGAAGAAGAAUUAAAUCACAGGAUGGAAAUUUUAAGCAAAUUAAAUAACUUAGUUAAAGAGUGGAUCCGUGAGUCAAGUAUUAAUCGUAACAUGCCUCCUAAUGUAGCGGAUCAAGUUGGUGGCAAAAUUUACACUUUUGGAUCUUAUCGUUUGGGUGUUCACCACAAAGGUGCUGAUAUUGACGCGCUCUGUGUUGCUCCAAGACAUGUAGAUCGAUCAGAUUAUUUCACUACAUUCUUUGACAAAUUAAAAGAGCAAGAAGAGGUCACAGAUCUCAGAGCUGUUCCUGAAGCAUUUGUCCCUGUAAUUAAAAUGAACUUUGAUGGAAUAGAAAUUGAUAUGCUCUUUGCUAGGCUAGCACUUAAGGAAAUUCCUGAUACUAUGGACUUAAAAGACGACUUGCUUCUUAAAAACCUGGAUCAAAAAUGUGUGAGAAGUCUUAAUGGAUGUAGAGUGACUGAUGAAAUCCUUCGUCUUGUUCCUAAUGUAGAAAACUUCAGAUUAGCUUUAAGAGCAAUUAAAUUAUGGGCCAAAAAACAUGGAAUUUAUAGCAAUGCUCUAGGUUAUCUUGGUGGUGUCUCAUGGGCCAUGCUUGUGGCACGGACAUGCCAGUUGUAUCCUAAUGCUGUAGCAGCUACUCUAGUUCAUAAGUUCUUUUUGGUAUUUUCUAAAUGGAAAUGGCCUCAACCUGUGCUACUGAAGCAAUUGGACGAUGUCAAUCUGGGCUUUCCAGUUUGGGACCCAAGGGUCAACAUUUCUGAUCGAUAUCAUCUGAUGCCCAUCAUCACUCCCGCCUAUCCACAACAAAAUUCUACAUUCAACGUAUCUAUGUCCACAAGAACAAUUAUGGAAGAAGAGUUUCAACAAGGGCUGGCGAUCACUGAUGAUAUUAUGGUGCAUGGCCGUGCAACUUGGGAUAAGUUAUUUGAACCUCCAAAUUUCUUUCAAAAAUACAAGCAUUACAUAAUUUUACUAGCAAGUGCUGCCACUCCUGAAGAUCAGCUUGAGUGGUGUGGUCUUGUUGAGUCCAAAGUUCGUCAUUUAAUUGGGAACUUGGAACGCAAUCAGCAUAUCAAGUUGGCUCAUGUUAAUCCAGAGUGUUUUCCUCUUUAUGAGAGCAAUGAUCAAGUGUCAAGCAAUCAGCCUGCAACUCCAAGUCCUUCUGAUCCACCAAGUCUGGAUACACCCGUACAAACACCCACACAGACAUCUGAAAAAACAUCAGAAAAGCCCUCUGAAAAUCCUUCUGAUAAAACCUUAGAAAAUAACCCAGUAACUGACACCCCUCCAAUUUCUGGUGUGUCAGGCUCUGGAAGUACACCAGCUCCUAGCACGCCCAAUCCCUCAUCAAAACCAGGAAAAGGAGAGGGUUUGGGCUCUAUGUGGUUUAUUGGCCUCGUAUUUGCUAAGACUGAGCACUUAAAUGUAGAUCUCACUUAUGAUAUUCAGUCUUUCACUGAGACAGUUCAUAGACAAGCUCAUCAAAUAAAAAUGAUGAAGGAUGGAAUGAAAAUUGAAGCACGCUAUGUGAAAAGGAAACAACUGCAGAGUUAUGUUCCUCCAAAUCUUUUAAAGCGAGAGCGUAAGACAAGCACAUCAAACUCAAAUCCUCCCCAAACUCCAAGAAAUGGGACUACCACUCCCAAGAUGUCUCCAACUGGUGAUUCAAAUAGGUCAAGCAAUGCCAAUAAUGGUGCUUCUAAUAAGAAGCGCAUAUCAGAGAAUGCAUGUGAUGGCUAUUAUAAGAAAGCAAAAAUUGGUGACGAGUCUAGUGGCCAGGGGGAUGAGUCUCCCAACCAAUCUAUAGUCCCAGGUGGAGAAGAUUCUAAUUCAACAUCUUUUUCUUUGGACGAAUCCUCAAAUCCCAGUGUAUCCAUAGGAGAAGCUCAUAAGAAUACAGAUUCAGCAGGGUCUCAACUUGUAGGAGCCAGCAAUAGCGCAGCUUUAACCAAGGAGCAGGAUGCUUCAAGUGUAUUACACGAGGGAUUCAUUUGUACAUGACCAAAGGAGAAAAUGGAGGCAGCUGUAUUUAAAAAGCCCCCGCCCAGACUUUAAUACUGCACAUGAAUAAAAGUUUGGGCUCUUUAGAGAGCCUGUGAUUUACCAAGGAGAACAUUAUUUCCAAACAUUAAUGGACUUCUCAUAAAAAAAGAAAAGAAUAUUGAAAAAAAUAUAUAAAAAGUAUAUCAUUUUAUUUACAGUUGGUAAUUUAUACAAAGCCAACAGUUAGUCAAGGUUUUCUUUCUUUCUCUUUUACUUAUAUUUGAUCCUUAUUUUGUAAAAAGUUUUUGAUUACUCUUGAAUAAUUAGUUGAAUUUCCACUAUUUAUUGAAAAAGAUAGUUCAGGUGAAAUGGAACUGUAAGGAUGUGUAAAUUAACUAGUGUCCAGAUAAGACACAUGUCCUGUUGCUGGUGUUAAGAACAGUACCAAGAACUGGAGUAAUUAGAUUUUAUAUGAAAAAUGUAAAUAAUCUUCACAGAUUUCCUUAAAAAGCAAACAAAAAAACAUGUGUCCUUAGGGAUGGGGUUUUACUGUGCCAGGAUUUAUCCUGUUCACUUUUUAUGCAUGGAAUUAUGAACUUGCAUAAUGAUCAUUACAGUACAUCAGCAAACAAAAGUGCUGGAAAUUUUCCAUAGCCACUCUGUCAAUGACACUUAAUCAAUCUUGUGACUGUUGCAUUAGCACAUUCAUUCACAAUGUUAAAUCUGAUCCUAGGCUGCAUGUGUGCAAUUUAUUAUUGUGUUUCUUUUUUGGCUAAUUUACAACAGUGUUAUCUGUUUCACUGUGGGGUUGAGUAGCGUCAGGAAUGGUACUUCACUUGGUUUAUGGUUAGCUUGAUACUGCUAACAAACCAAAAUAUGGAUUGAAAUUUAAGAAAUCCAGAGGAGCUUGAAGAACUCCAUGCAGUCUAUUUAUGGUUUGUGUUGUAAGAGGUCCUCUGAUGAUUCCCAGUACAUUGAAGGGCUUGCCACAUAUUUCCUGGAUGAAAUUAUACUCUUGCCAACAAUCACAUGAGAAGAUGUGGUCUUGCAUGUUCUAAAAUGUAUUUUUCUCUCUUCUUUUUUUUUUUUUGAGGCUUGCUUGUUGUACGGAGACAAUUUAUUCGUGUAACACUGAGGCCAUGGAUUUCAAAACACUCACUUUUUUUCUGUUAUCAGAGUUAGGAUUUGGGAUCGUGGACUGUCAUGAAUAGACCAUUUUGUUUGCUGAGGUUUCUGAUUGUAUUGGAAGGCACAUCACUAUUGAUUUUGUGUAGUCUUGUUUGCCCUGUGUGUCUCAUAGGUUCUUUAGAUCUAGUUUGUCGAAACUUAUUCCUUAUUGGGUUACAUUAUUGUGUGUGUCUGUUCUUGGGACCUCGAAAAGUACAUCAAACUACUCAUCAAGCUGUCACAAUGUCACAUUAACAUUCAAAUUCCAUACAUCUUCAAAAAGAGAAGGGGGGGUGGGUGGGGGGGUUAGGUUUUAUCUAAUACAGCAAAGGUGUCUUUGUUUAUCAAGGGAGGGCGCUCUUGAGGUGGAUGAAAUGUAUAAUGGCCACUGCUUGGCACUCCUUGAGAAGGAUGGAAAGACAAGAAAUAAGUUGCCUUGUUAAGGGAGUAGUUGUUCAUUAUUAUUGCUCUCAUAAUCAUAAUCAAUCUUAUUUAUUACUGUUUUUACUCUAAAAUACUUGACCCAUACCCAAUUGGGUGAUAUUGUGUUGACGCUGUCAAAGAUUUCCUGUCCCUAAAAGUUUUGUUUUUCAUGGGACUUCUUACAAGACUGCUUUAUAGUAACAUGAAAUUGUUUAAGAGCCAUUGUUAGUUCAUGACGUCUUCAGUACAUCUGGACUUGCACAUCUAAAGUGAGUGUUGCUCAUUUGAGCUAGUCAGGCUUAAGGAAGUAGACAUGUGUUUUAUUCACGAUAAAAAAAAAAAUCUGCAACAGUCGGAAAAGAAAAGUUUUUUGUCAAACGACAGUAUCUUGUACUAUUUGUGCAGGAGCAACUAUCUUUUGCUUAAAACUCAGGCAGUUGCAAGAGGUUUGUGUUUGGUGCUUAUGAAACCUCUGGCAUGGCCAUUUUCAAUUACUUUGCUUCAUUUGAAGUUGGGAGUUUGGUGUGGCUUUUUUUUUUUGAACCCUUUUUGUGUUCUUAAUUAGAGCACUCAACCAUGUUUGUGGUUGUGAGCAUUUCUUAAAUGCGUCUACUUUACCUUCCUUAAAUAUGUUUUUGAUCGUGGGUGGUGCGUGAGGUUUGUUUUCAGAGUUCUUUCCCGUUUAUCCAACACAAUAUUUCUGGAGUGGAAGCUUUCUUGCUCAUUGUGACAACUGCAGAAUGUACACCGUUUUAUUACUUUUGUAUAGUAUUUUUAAAGUAGCAUUUGACAGAGAAAAGAUUUGUGCAGCAUUUACUGCCCUACUGUUUGGAAGUGCCGCCGUGGAAGUCUUGUCUCAUUUCUACAGACCCUCUUAAUUUCUAUCAAUUCAAGCUUAUUUUACUUCACACAAUCCCCUGUACCUGUGUGUUUCCUGUAGUACACUAGUAUGUUGUGUGAAGUAAACUCAGCUUGUUAUUUUCCCUUAAGAUGACUGGAAGUAAUUAUAGUUGCAACUUUUUGGAUUAUUUUUUGAGGAAACUUCACGUCUAUUUAUUACUUUAAAUUCAAAUUUUCUAUUCUUUGUUUUUAUUUCCAUAUGUUUAAUAUGGCUUUGGGAAAGCCAGCAGGUUAAUAAUUUAUUUUUUAUUGUUGUUUGAAUAAUAGAGAGUAAGUACUGCAUGAGACAUCUUGUUGUAUUUUUUCUGUUUCCUGACAGCUAUUUUUUUUUUUUUUGUGCUCGUAUUUCACUUGACCCACAUUUAUUUUAACAAUUGUAAAGUUUUUCUCCUGACUACUUUGUACCUUGAGAUUUAAGUUCUGAGGUGAGUUUUUGCUUCAAAGCAAAUCUUUUACAAAAAAAAAAAGGCUUCUAAAUAAUACUUCAUGUUGACUAUAAAUUACUUUUAAUGACUAUGUUGUUCCAAUAUCAUUUUUGAUUGUGACAUCUAAAUUUACAAUCUUGUGCAUUUGUUUACUAAGUCUUUAUCUUAAAAGAUCCCAAAUGUUUCAUUACAUGCAGCAUGACACUUUAGUAAUCAUGCUAUAGGUUUAAUUUCAAGGGCAAAACAUCCCUUCCACUCAAUGUGUUUAUCUUGACUUCAUAUGUGUUGUGGGGGAUGGGAUUGGAAAGGAUAUCUGAAAAUGUCAAAUUUGCACCUUUAGGAGGGAGAUUCUCAAUUAAAGUUUCAUAUCACCUUGACCAUCUUCUGGCUUCUCUCUGUGAAUUUCAAGUCUGAUCAUUUGAGUUUCUCACAAGCUGUUCUUUGUUUGAAAUCAUAACAGCAUUCUCGACAAUUCAGGUAGAUUAAUGAAGUUGAAAUCUCCCUCUUUAUGUUUCCCCCUUGAUAUUAGACGACAAGUAGAAUAGGCAAUUGUCACUAAAUUGAAUGGUUUUGUAAGCUUCUACAUGUCGUGCUAUUGUAUAAUUGUGGGGAUAAUUUUUGAGUUCUUGUAAAAAUCUUAAAGCAAUUUUUUUUUAUUGAGAAUAAAAUUUUUAAAAUAUUGCA